CGGGGGUCAAGGCGCGCUGCGGUCACUUGCAUCACGUUCACUCAGGAUGGCGGCUCCGGCGAAGAUGUCGCUGAAGCGGAAGCCCCAUCAAACUGCAGAGCCUGCUAUGGUAUUCUUCGCUUCAUAAUGGAAUCUGGAGCUCGUGGGGCCGAAGUGAUUGUCUCAGGCAAAAUCAAAGGGCAACGAGCCAAGUCGAUGAAGUUCUCAGAUGGCCUCAUGAUUCAUUCAGGUGACCCCGUAAACUACUAUAUCGAUAAAGCAGUCCGGCACGUAUUGCUUCCUCA